AGACAGUCCAACUUGACCAUUUAGCCGAGUCCAGACUAUCAUUUCCUCGUCAUGUUUACCACGUUAACUUCUCUCUCACAACAAAGCAACAACCAAAAUAGUGAAAAACCCAGAAUUUCCAAGAAUUUUCAGAGGUUGUCUUCUUCGAAUUAUCCAAUAAUUCUUGCUAACUUCACCCCCAAAAUAGGAAGACAGAGAUUCCCAGAAACGAAUUUAUUUCAAGAAAUUCGUUGUUCAAGCAAUUAAGUGUGUAAUACCAGAACAAGUUAUUUUUGGGUAAGGCAGCUUAAUCAAAGUGAAUUUCUGUGUGUUUUUCAUUAUUGCCAAGAAUUUAUAGAAUUGAACUUUGUUUCAAUCCAUUUUGUCUUAAUUUUAGUACAUUUUAAUACACUAGGGUUUCAAUUUUCCCCAAAUUGAAACCCUAGAAUUCUUCCAAUUUUGUUCGAUGUAAUUAGUUGCAGCUUAAGAAAUGGAACGAUUGGAUAUUUUUCAUCGUAGAAGAAGAUCCCAAUUUCGUGGGAUUUUCAAUGGAUUAUGUGCUGUGAUCCUAUUUUUCUUUUUCUUCAAUAGAGAAGAUGUCAUUAGAAACCCUUUACUUAGGCAAUCUUCUGUGAUUAGUAAUCGGUGGCCUGUUCAUCUUAAUUCUGUCGAUGGGUCGGUUCAUAUGGAAUUCAUCCGGCGUAACACAGCUGAAAUUAGGGUUAAUUCAACGAAUAUUGGUAAUGGGUCUGUUGUUCUAGAUAAUGAAUUAAGUGAAGAAAAUGCUGUGUUAUGUCUUGGGUUAAGGGAUCAUGUGGGUUUUGAUUCUCCCUGUGAGUAUUUAAAGGCGCAUUCGGAGUGCUUGACUAGUGGGUUCUUCGAUUACUUGCAGUUCUUUUACUGUGAUUGCCAGAGACUUAAGCUAUUGGGUUAUGCAGUUUUGGGUGUUUGGCUCGCGGCAUUGUUUUACCUUCUAGGUAAUACUGCAGCCGAUUACUUUUGUUGUUCACUGGAAAAGCUCUCGAAUAUAUUGAAAUUGCCACCUACUGUUGCGGGGGUCACUCUCCUUCCACUUGGGAAUGGAGCUCCCGAUGUAUUUGCUAGCAUAGCGGCUUUUGUGGGUACUGGUGCGGGUGAGGUUGGCUUGAACAGUGUGUUGGGUGGGGCGGUUUUUGUGACUUGUGUUGUUGUUGGUACUGUUUCUCUCUUGGUGGCUAAUAAGCAGGUUCAAAUUGAUCGGAGAUGCUUUAUCAGGGAUCUUAGCUUCUUUCUGGUGACCAUCCUGUCGCUUUUGUUAAUUUUGUUUGUGGGGAGGACUACUGUUGGGGCGGCCAUUUGUUUUUUAAUGGUAUAUGUUCUCUAUGCAUUCGCUGUUGCUGCAAAUGAGUUAUUGAGAAAGGAAGCACACAGACUGAAAUUGGAUGCUGUCACCCCAUUGCUUCCUGUAAAAGGAAGUGUCUACGCUCAAGGAGGCUCAGAGGAUGAUGCUAUUUACAACCCCCUACUUGAUUUUGAGAGCGAUAAUGAUGCUCCCCGUCUCCAUCCUUCUUUACCUCAGUGGAUGUGGGCUUCCAAUGUUGCAAUUUACUCACAUCAGUCUCUAAAAUCAGAAAUUGAAAGGCCUCCCUGGGGAUGGAAUGAUGAACGUGUGGAAUCUGAGAACUCUUCUUUUUCCUGCCCCAAGCUGUUCUCACUCUUGGAGCUUCCUUUAUCUGUUCCAAGACGGUUAACAAUUCCAAUGGUUGAGGAGAAAAGUUGGUCAAAGCCAUAUGCUGUUGCCAGUGCCACAUUGGCUCCUAUUCUCAUUGUGUUUUUAUGGAGCACUGUUGAUGUUCCUGGUUCUGUAGGCAAAGAUUUUGCCUAUGUUAUUGGAUUGGCAGCUAGUUGCAUGCUUGGAGUUCUCUCAUACUGUUACACCAUACCAGAUCAUCCACCACAGAGAUUUUUAUUACCAUGGGUUCUCGGAGGUUUCUUUAUGAGUAUUGUGUGGUUCUACAUGAUUGCAAGUGAACUCGUUGGUGUUUUGGUGGCACUAGGCAUUAUUUUGGGAAUCAACCCAUCAAUUCUUGGAUUGACUGUUUUGGCAUGGGGGAACUCUAUGGGAGAUCUGGUCUCAAAUGUUGCAUUGGCAUUGAAUGGUGGAGAUGGUGUGCAGAUUGCCUUGUCUGGGUGCUAUGCUGGUCCUAUGUUUAACACACUGAUCGGUUUGGGGAUCUCAUUGCUGCACGGUGCCUGGUCAGCUAGGCCUGCUUCAUAUAUAGUUCCCAAAGACAGUAGCUUGUUCUACACAAUUGGCUUUCUGUUAGUUGGGCUUAUCUGGGCGAUUGUGAUCUUACUCAAGAAAGAUAUGCAACCCAGUAAAAUGUUGGGUAUAGGUCUUAUAUCCCUGUACCUGAUUUUCCUUUCAUUUAGGGUUGUCAGUGCCAUGAGUGUAGGCGGUUUACAAUAAGAAUCAAAAUACAUCUUAAUUGUUGCUGCCUUGCUGGAAAUCAGAGAAAGCAAUGAUAUGCCUGAUCUGCUCUGUCAUAUUCACCACCUAGUAGGUAUGAGCUUCUGGACUCUUUGGAUUUUUUUUUUCUCCUUGCGUUCCUGGACUCUGAGCCGAAUAGCAGCAAAUUAUGCUUGUAAAAGACAAAUUGACAACCCCAUUGUUGUACCUAGUGUCCACAUGUAUUCAUACAUACUUUAGGAAGAUAGCCUUGUCUUGAUUGAUUAUGGAGAAAUUUUUUUGCGAAUUUGGUUCUGUUUGUAACACUACUUGUCAUUAUUACUUGAAUGUUCUGCAAAUAUCAGUCAGAAUUCAAUAUGGCAAAUAAAACACAUUAUUUUCUGUAAUAUUUCUUGUGUUCUUGUUAGCGUAAGAAUUUUUAUUUAUUUA